ACAAUGCCUGAAGGACAUGUAUCCAUAAGUAUAUAUGAAUAAAUCUAAUUCUCUUUGGAAUAUUUAAAUCAAACCAAAAAAAAAAUCUCUUUGGAAUAAAUUAACAAAAAAGUCAAAUGUCAACUGUCAAUGUCAGUUCGAAAAAAAUAAAUAACUACAACUUUCGAACAUAAUAAUAUGUUUUUCUAUUUAUUCGUUGUUUAAUUUGGGUACAAACUAAUAUAGAUCUCAAAAUGAAAGCUUUUAUGGCUGAAGAUAAUUUAUGUGCUCAAAAUUUAUUAAAGUUAGUUUCCCAUGGAAAUGCUAUUGUUGCAGAGAUUCUGAGACUCAAGGAUCACAAGCCUAUAAUUUAUUUAUUAGACACCAAAGAACUGCAGCAAAAGUAUCAAGAUAUAAUAAUGGAUUUUAGUUACUAUAAAAUUUCGGAUAGUCAAGAAUCCAAAAUUAAUAUGAAUCCCAAACUACAAGACUUAGAUGAUGAUUUAAAAGAAAAAUAUCUGGAAUUGAUAACUAGAUUCUACUUAUUAUUUGAAAACAUUUACCAAUAUAUAAUUGACUUAAAUACAUUCAUUGAUCAAUUAAAAGAUGAGGCUUUCAUCCAACAGAACAUAGAAACUGUCAUGAAAGACAUUGAAGGAAAACAACUUUUGUGCGAGUCCUUGUACCUAUAUGGUGCCAUGUUGUUACUAUGUGAUUUAUUCAUUCCUGGACCAGUGAGGGAGAGGCUCUUGGUUGCAUUUUAUCGCUACAGCACCAGCCAGUCUCAGUCUAACAUUGAUGAUGUUUGUAAAUUAUUGAGAGAUACGGGAUAUGACCAACAGAAUAACAAAAGGCCACCAGACUACCCCUUAGAAUAUUUCAGCCGAGUUCCCAUUCAACCGGAAUUUGUGGAAAAAGUUGUUGGAAAACUAAGAUCUGAAGAUAUAUACAAUCAACUUACAGUUUACACUAUACCUGAACACCAUUCUUUGGCAUUAGCCACCCAGGCCAGCAUGCUUGUUGUCUGCUUGUUUUUUACGCCACAUUAUCUUCAAACAGACUCUUCAAAAAUGCGAGAAAUAGUUGACAAGUUCUUUCCAAGUAAUUGGGUUGUGCCAAUUUACAUGGGUGUUACAAUUAAUAUUAUUGAUUACUGGGAAAAUUUCAAAGCAGCCAAGGCAGCCUUAAGUAAUACUUGUAAUAGCAAAGUGCUGAAAGAAUGUUUUGCGAAACGAAGUUCUUCAGUACAAAUAUUGACAACCAAAACCCAUCAGCUAUUAAAGGAAGGCACAUUAACUGACGAUUUCGUGUUAGAUAAUAUAAACAAAUUAUUAAAUUUACUACUCAACUCUAAUUUAAUUGUAAGGUGGCUACUGUUACACAGCAGUGAUGUUAUAUUCUUUGACAACAAUAAGAAAAGUAAACAGCUUAAAGAUAUGUUUAUUAAAGAAACCAGUUAUGAUCCACUAAAAAUUCUUGAAUUACUAAUAAGCACUGCUGAAUUGGAAUUGAAAGUUAGAGAAAUUUUAAACAAGUUAUUGGCCAAUAAAGAUGAAACUUGGAAUACAAAUAAAGCACUGGCAGUUGAGGCGAUAAGCAGCCUGUCUGAAUUAUUUUCUGGCGUAAAACCGCUGACGAAAAUACCGCAAAAUGAUCAACUUAAACUAUGGUUUGAUAACAUCGCCAAACAAGUUAGCUCCUUAGGCGAGCCUGUCACAGCUAAAUCAAUUAAAAAAGUUACACAGCUGAUACAGGCUCUAGAUGAAGUAGAGGAAUUUCAUGGUAUAAAGAGUACUUCGACAAUUAUACAAUUCCUUACAGACGGUAAACAGGCAUUAAAAAAUCUUUUGAAAGCAGCUUCUCUGAAAGAAGAUUCUUUAGUUAAUUUAGAAACCAUAGCAGACGUGAGCUAUGCAUGGUGCAUUAUAGAUUCAUAUACACAAUAUAUGCAAGACAGCAUUAAAGAUAAUCCUGCAGUUACAAGUAGACUUCGAGCGUUGUUCCUUAAAUUGGCUAGCGCGAUGGAAAUUCCACUGCUAAGAAUAAAUCAAUCCCACAGUGACGAUUUAGUUUCCGUAUCUCAAUAUUACAGUAACGAAUUAAUAAAAUACAUACAAAAAGUGCUCCAGAUCAUUCCUGAAAUGGUAUUUAGUAUUGUAGAAAAAAUUAUUGAUAUCCAAACUUGGACCAUCAAAGAGGUGCCAACAAGACUGGAAAAGGAGCGAUUGAAAGAAUAUGCACAAUUAGAACACAGGAUGGAAGUAGCAAAAUUAACACACACAGCAUCAACUUUUACAACAGGUAUAUUGGAUAUGAGGUCUACACUAGUUGGCGUGAUCAGAGUCGAUCCCGCAGAGCUCUUGGAAGACGGUUUGUUAAAGGAAUUGGACAGACACAUCAGUAACAAAUUUAUCGAAUUUAUUGAACCCCAGGGCAAGAAAUUGCCACCUACAGCAAACAAUUUACUUACUCGAUUACAAAAGUUGGCCGAUAGCAUGGAUGGUUAUAAACGGUCCUUAGAAUAUAUCCAGGAUUAUAUUAAUAUUCAUGGAUUGCGGAUUUGGCAGAAACAGGUAUCGGCAAUUGUAAAUAAAAGUGUUGCAAAGGAAAUAAGUUACCGCAAAGGAGUAAUUUUGUAUAGUCCGUCGGCAGGCUUCAUGGGAAGUCUUGCAAGACAGAUAGCUCAGUUAACUGAGGCAAGAGUCUGCAUUUACAUUAGUGUAUGUGCUGCUUGGUUUGAUUCGAAGACACAAACUGAAGUCAUUAAUACAAAAACUUUUGCUAAACUGAAUGAAGCAGUGGGUGUUGUCGGCCUUCACGGCUUGGAUACGUUAUAUGCAUUUAUGAUAAAAAAUCAAAUACAAAACAUUCAAGAAAUAUUUAGAAGUUAUCAACAUAAACUUGCCGGAUGUUCAUUUGAUAUCAAAGACAUUGAACAGACUUCUACAAAAUGGUAUAAAAUGUUCCAACAAUUAACAGAUGUGCUGGUGCUUAUCGGAUCACUACAAUUAAUCCGGAAACAUAUUGCUUAUCAACUGAACACGAGCUGUAAAUUUGAUUCCGCUCAUCUAGAAGCGUCUCUGCGGACUUUGAAUGAAUCAAUUAUUAAUGAAAUAAAGGCAACUUCAGCGGCUGACUUAAAACCAAAAGUAUCAUCGAAUCUGUUAAAAUAUUUAGAAGAUAAUCUUGUGAGAUGUGGAAUCUCUGACCCAUUUGGAAAGAAGUAUGAAAAAAAUGUACAAGAACUAUUAAAUGUCGAUAUUGCACGCAUUCUAGCAGUCCUCCUAAUGUCACAACUGCCCAGGCUACAGUUGUGUUUUACAACAGGGGACCUCAUAUCUAAGCGGUCAGGAGAAAAUAUUGAUGGAUAUCCAUUACUUGUAGGAAUACACACGAUACUUUGUCAAACAAAAACAGAAAACCUCGAUUUAUUCAUUGAUUUAUUAUGUAUAUACGCCAGGUCAAAAUCAUCAGAUCUUUCUAGCGAGGGUGUCUAUCUUGUAAGAAACCUAGAAUUGUUUUGUGAAGCCUUUGCCUAUCCUUUUGAGAAACUUGAAAACAAACUUCCUUUAGUUUUGUUGACUCAUACAUUACAAAAAUAGUUUUCUUAUAUUAUACUUUUUGUAGUAAGUAAAGUACUUUUUUAUGUAAUCAAUGUUUAAAUUAUAUUUUGUUAUUACAAAAAUUAUAAAUACCUAGAUCUCCCGAAAUAUUAACUUUAUAAUUUCUCUCUUUUUGUAUCUAUAUUAGGUCCUUACAUAUAAAAUUGGUGGUCUGUAUGGAAGGAAUACAAUGUAGAUUUUUUUUGUAAAAUAUAAUUAAUUAAUAAAAGUACCAUUGCCAUUAA